AUGGAUGCCAAGAUCCAUCUGGAGGCAGGAAAUCUUAGGGAUACCAUUAAGGAGGAUACCAGUACAACCUCUCAAGAUUGGGUGAAGGCCAAGAUCUUUAUCCGUCGCCACCUUGAUGAGGGACUGAAGAGCGAGUACUUUACAGUUGAAGAUUCAUUAACCCUCUGGAAGACAUUGAAAAAUAGAUAUAAUCACCAGAAAACGGUGAUUCUUCUAAGGGCUCGUUAUGAGUGGACUCACCUAAAGAUCCAGGAUUUCAAGACGGUGGCUGAAAACAAUUCUGCAAUGUUCAGAAUUAGUUCCCAGUUGAAGCUCUGUGGAGAAACAAUAACUGAGGAAGAUAUGCUGGAAAAGACUUCCGAGCAAAACAACGAGCUCCUGAUGAAGAAUCAUCAGUCCCGGCCUACUGGAUCUGCACCAUUCCCAGAAAUGAAUGAUGAUUCCCUUGAAGGGAAUACCACAUCCUCUCGUGACAAUAAUUACAAACGAGGACAUGGCCACAAGUGUGGUGGCAAUGGGCACUGGACGCGUACUUGUUAUACCCCAAAACAUCUGGUGGAUCUGUAUCCAGCCUCUAUUAAGGAGAAGGGCGUUGAGACCAAUUUCCUCGACCAGACUCAACCAAUGGAAAUACGUGAUCUAGUGUCCAAUUUAUCAGGACAGUUGAACACAACCCACCUGGAUGUUUCAGACUUUAUUUCUGAAAGAGGAAAUGAAGUUUACGGGUCCGAUUGA